CACCGCUGCCACCCUCGCCGCCGCUCUUGUCUCUGACCGGCAGCCUGCAGCCCAAAGCCCGGCACGGACCCCGACCGCCGCAGCUGCCCCUGGCGCCAUGUCUCAGAGCGGAGCCCCUGGGCUGCAGGAGGAAAGCUUGCAGGGCUCCUGGGUGGAACUGCACUUCAGCAACAGUGGGAAUGGGGGCAGUGUCCCAGCUUCAGUGUCUAUUUAUAACGGUGACAUGGAGAAGAUACUGCUGGACGCCCAGCAUGAGUCUGGACGGAGCAGCUCCAAGAGCUCUCACUGUGACAGCCCACCUCGCUCACAGACGCCACAGGAUACUAACAGAGCUUCGGAAACAGAUACCCAUAGCCUUGGAGAGAAGAACAGCUCUCAGUCUGAGGAAGAUUAUAUUGAGAGAAGGAGAGAGGUCGAGAGCAUCCUGAGGAAGAACUCAGACUGGAUAUGGGACUGGUCGAGUCGGCCAGAAAAUAUCCCCCCCAAGGAGUUCCUUUUCAGACACCCGAAACGCGCGGCCACCCUCAGCAUGCGGAACACGAGCGUCAUGAAGAAAGGGGGCAUCUUCUCAGCGGAGUUCCUCAAGGUCUUCCUCCCCUCUCUCCUGCUCUCCCAUCUGCUGGCCAUUGGAUUGGGGAUCUACAUUGGAAGGCGUCUGACAACCUCCACCAGCACCUUCUGACGACGAAGACUCAGAUCCCACCUCUGUCCGUGUGCAGGGUUGAUACUGAGCUGGCUGCAGAGCUGACUGGGGAGCUGUCCUGACCGUGGGUGGCUGCAUAGCUUGUGUGUUCUGUAAAUGCUGCAUUUCUUUUAGUAAAAUGAAAGAAUAGACACUAAAAUCAUGCUGUGACCUAUACGUAUACCUACGGGAUCAAUUAAUAAGCAUGUCAGACUGAUUAAUAUCUACUGUAACAGCUGGUCGUGAAUUUUGUUUGGACAUUAGACAUAUCUACAUAUAAAUAAUUUUAAUAUAUUAGUCAUGGUAUAUGGAGUAUUUUAAAAAUUACUUAUAACCUUAAUUCAGUUAAAACACUUUGUAUUUCAAAAGAAUGGAUAACAUUGAUAUUAAAAUUACUACUUUAAGGGGUUUGUCUAAAAUAACUAUUGUGGCCUUACAUUUAAACGAUAGUAGAAGAUGCUGUGUCUGAGUUGUUCCUGCAGACACGCACCGUGCCCCUUGUCCUUAGCAAUUAGGAUCGAAGUGUGGCGGAGAAGCGUGGCCAGCCUCCACAGGACAGGCGGGCUCUGAACUGCUGCUGCUGUUGCAGUGCCGGGCGGUGCCCCACCGUGGGGUGAUGACCUUUUCUGUGGAGGCCCCUCCUCAGCAUUGACUUUUUGAGUUGCCAAAUUUAACCCUGUCAUUGUGCUCAGCUUUUGUGUGCUCUUAAAAUCAGCUUUAUUCUAAGUAAAUCUCUGUCUACUUUAAAAAACUGGAAAAGGGAAAAAAAUAAAUCUUUGCCAAAUCCUUCAGA